AUGCUUCGACUCUUCCGGUCGAUGAGUCGAGGCCGGAGGAAGAAGGACAACGACGAUACACGAUCCACAUUCACACAAUCGCCCGAACGAUCGAGACAUCGACGAGUUGCGAGAAACAUCGAACGAUAUCACGACGACGAGGACGAGUUCUCACCGCGCCAUCCGGCCAAUGGCGGGCACGACUACUUUGGCAAUGUCGACGACGACGGUAUCGAGGAUGACGAAGAGUUGGACGACGAGAUAGCAGAAGAUGAGGACCAAGACGCCAUCGACACGCCACUGCUACCCAUCUUCUCGGCGGCGCAUCUUGACAGGAUCCCGUUGUACAAUGUCACACACGCGAUACGACAGCUUAUCGUGCAGAAGUGCGAGACGACUUUGUCGUGGGAUCAGCUUCGAUCGCCACAGAUUAGCCAGUUUCUGGUGAAGCCAGUGCAAGGACAGAUCAGGGCAGACCACUUCAAUCGCGCCACGAUAUGCGCGCUCAUUGCCAACUGUCUGCAGUUCCAGAAGGAAGGGCAGAUGAACCCGGGCAAUGUUGGAGUGUCGAGGACAAGGGCGUUGAUCAGUGAGCUGUUGGCAAUCCGCUUGCUGAAAGAGUACACUACCCGAGAGUUGAUCGAUUCGUUGUCGUAUGACUUCGAUCCUCUGUCGGGUAUGGAUGUCACUGCGAACAUGAAUGGAAGGCCAUCGUUGAACGCAGAGAUACUUGCAAGAAGAGCUGCGAAUCGUGUUGCGAGAGUCAGUACGAUUGAGAUCGCAAUUCGCGCAGAAGCCAAACGAUUCCUGGCACACCCUCUGGUCGUUCAGCAUCUCGAAGCAAUCUGGGCUGGCAACAUCGUCUUCCACUCCGAGGCUGACAAUCUCCACCGAAAGCAUCGCCAGUCAGAACUGGCCCUCCUUCGGGGUCGCCAGAAUGGCUAUGGCACAAACGCCGACCACGAGACAAGCGAGCUCCCUGCCGAUGCAGUCCUCUCAAAGAAGGCCCAAGGAAACAGGCGCAUCAAGAGGCCAGUCGAUCCACCUCUCGCUAGACGCACGGUCACCCUAUACGACCCUCGAGACGCCUCACUGUUCAAGCUCAGCCGUCUCCGUGUACCGCGAUACAGGCAAGUCUUCAGCACGCUCAGCUUCGCUACCAUGCUCGCGUUAUUCGUGGCAGUCCUUGCUGGACGCAGUCUCCCCAUCACCCCACUCGAGGUCAUAUUCUGGUUCUGGAGUGUGGGCUACAUGCUGGACGAAGUGGUCGGCUUCACUGAACAGGGCUUCGGACUGUACAUUUUGAGCUUCUGGAACGCCUUCGAUCUCGGCAUCUUGUUCUUGUUCCUCGUCUACUACUGCCUACGCCUUUACGGCAUCGUACUAGCGGAUGACAACAGACAAAAGAUAGCCGGGAUUGCCUACGAUGUCCUCGCCUCGACAGCCAUUCUGCUCUUCCCGCGCCUCUUCAGUGUGCUCGACCACUACCGGUACUUUUCGCAGCUGCUCAUCGCGUUUCGGCUCAUGGCCUUAGAUCUCGUCGCAGUCCUUGUCCUGAUCGUCAUCUGCUGCUCGGGCUUCUUCGUAGCGCUGUCGCUGUCGUUUGCAGACACUAGAGAUGCUAACGGUGUGGCCUACUCCCUUUUCCAGAUCUUGAUGGGCUUUACACCAGCAGUCUGGGAUCAUUGGAAUGGCUACAACAUCCUCGGGAAGGUGAUAAUGGCCAGCUUCCUGACACUGUGUCACUUUUUGAUUGUCACGAUCUUGAUCACAGUGCUGACGAACAGUUUCAUGGCGAUCGUCAGAAAUGCCGAAGAAGAACACCAGUUCUUGUUCGCGGUCAACACGAUUUCAAUGGUCAAGUCAGAUGCGCUCUUCAGCUAUGUUGCACCUACAAACAUAGUAGGGUGGCUGCUAAGCCCCAUCCGCUUCAUCGUACCCCUGCGACAGUACGUGAAGUUCAACCGUACCAUCAUCAAAGUAUCACACGCCCCAAUACUGUUCGUGAUCUUCUCCUACGAGCGAACAGUCAUGGCAAGAAGCGCAUAUGCCCCUGUCGAGCAGGUCGAGAGACAGCACAUUCAUCAGAAGCAGCCGGUUGCCUUCACUCUCAACAAGGCGCCAGAAAUGUACACGCCAAGCCACCGACUUCGAGAGCCUUCUGUCAUCAGCUUUAACAAGGAUCGAGCACUCGACGAGGUCUUCCGUAGACCUUUCAGAGGAGACACUGUCCGUACGACCACGCGAGAGAUGGACCCCGAACGACGACAUUCGACCAAUGCGGUUGAUCAGUGGAUGCAGGUGGCGGAUUUGGAAGGUGGUGCAAGCCCGCCACUCGAGCAACCUAGGAGUGUGCUCGAGCGGCUGGAGCAUGGCCGACCAAAGUUCAAGCGGGCAAUGACUUCCGGGCAUAAGAGGAUGCUGAAACAAUCGCGAGACUUCUCGACAGCUACGAGGAGUAUUGCCAGCGAUCCUGACGGUCUGUCUCUUGCAGCUUCCAAGCGACCGCAGAGGAUCGUGGAGGAGUCCGAGCCGGAUAUGAGUAAUGACACGCUGCCGCACGAUACUGAAGCUGACGGUGACGACGAGAUCAAUGACGAUUCCGACCAUGCCGAUCCACUAUUGGGCGAGAGCGCGCUGUCACUUCAGGAGCGGACUCCUGCUAGCGCGGACGGUUCAGAGUAUUUUCAGACACCAAUGGGGAUGACUUCGCCCAUGAUGCAGUUGUCGCACGCUGCUCAGGCUCGCUUACAACAUUCGCCCGAGAUCAUGAGAUCAGCUGGGCCGCCAAAACGUGGUCAAGCAGUCGCUGCGAAGACUAAGGGCCAUGGCCGGCAAGCCUCGAGCGCCACGAUUCUGUUCGACCCGCAGCCGACUUACGACUCUUCGACCUCGAUGGCUCUGCCCAUGAACAGAGCGUCUACCUCAAAGAACAACAGUGGGAAUGCAGGCACUGGAACACCCAGAGCACGAACUUUCCUGGAUGGCACUCGUACACCAAACCGCAAGCAGCCGGUCCCGGCACCAAGACCUCGUCCAAAUAUGCCUCAGCGACAGAAAACGGCACCGAACAUGCAGAAGACCGGUCUGACAUUCAUGGACAUUCCCACCGGUCGCCGCCGCGAACCAUCCUUCAACGCUCGCGCUCUUGACCUCGCUAGCGAGAUCGGUGACAACAAGUUCGGGCCAUCGGGAGGUUAUGAUGCUGGUGGUAUUUCUGGCAUGCCGGCAUCUUUCAGCGAGCAGCUUAUGCGUGAGCGAGAACUACAGCGCCGAGCAGAAGAAGAUCGCCGUCGCAGCGAAGAAGAGGAGACGGGUAUGGUGAACCGAAUCAUGCUCGCCAGGAUGCACACGCUGGAGGAAGGCUUCCGAGAAGUGCUCAAAGAGAUCAAGGAUAUGAGCCACAAUGCCAACAGCGGGUCACGACGAGAUAGCGAAGGCGACUCUGUUGGCCAGAUGAUCCGUGGUGGACCCAAAGCGAUUCGUCCAAGGGUUGAUACUCAAGGGUCCACUACUGGUGGUUCUGGAUGGCAGACACCCAAGACGCCGAUUGGGCGUAUUGGAGGUAAUGAGAAGAGCAAAGCGCAGAAGAGUCCUCGCAAAGUCGUCCGCCGCAAUAGCAAGAAAGGCAAAGAAAACGAUCGACCCAGCAGCAGCGAGAAAGCCGGACGACCCAGCAGCGGCGAUGGUCCGUCCAAGGUCACGCGAAGUGAAGACUUCGAGUUUGAGUCCCGACAGGCGCUACACCAACUGGCACGCGAGCAGCAUCUAGAAGAAAUCGAGCAAGAACCCAGCCCGGACUCUAUCAAGUCUGUAGUAGAGAUAUCGCAGGAACAGAGUGAGCAGGCCGCAACUCGACCGUCGACGGCAAUAAGGGGUGAUGAGGGACAUGAACGGAGGAGGGAUGAGUAA